UUUUUUUUUUUUCCUUUGUAAAUAUUAAAUGAUGGACACUUUUCCUUCAAUCAAUUUUAUUAUCUUUAACAAAUUAGCUAAAAAGAAAGCAACACAUUAUAUUUUAGAUUUUGUUACAAGGGAAUUUGAAUCCAUCAUUUCUUGUUAUCCUUCUUCUAUAGAAGUAACUCAUAUAUCAAUGAUACCAUAUAAAAAGAAUAAAUAUCAACAUAGUAAAAAUGGAUCUAAUUUUGAUCAUUCUGGUUUACCCUCUCCACCUUCUUCCUCUCCUCUUAGGAAAAAAUCUUAUAUCACAUUACCUCCUUCACCACCAUUACCAACACAACAUACUAAUACUACGAAAGCACCUAUGUCAUUACGUGAAUAUAUUGAAUAUGUGAUGGAAAGGUCACAUUUGGAUACUGGCACUUUAUUAACUUCGCUUUGUUAUGCACGUCGACUAAAAACAAAGCUAUUCCAUACUUCAAAAGGUAUGGGAUGUACACAUCAUCGUAUCUUUCUAGCUACACUUAUUAUAGCAUCAAAAUAUAUUCAUGACUCUGCUAUCAAAAAUAAAUAUUGGAUCGAAUAUGCAUUAAACCUAUUUUCUGGUGCAGAAAUUAAUUUAAUGGAGAAACAAUUAUUACAAUUAUUGGAAUACAAAUUAGAAAUUGCACAAUCUGAAUUUGAAGAUAUAACAAGUGACAUAGCCGAUCUUUAUCUUGAACAACAAACAGAAGAUAAUCAUUCUUCUCCAUUUGAUUAUUGGUAUCAACAUUAUUAUUAUGCACAUAAACAACAAGACAGUGCUUAUGAAUCUUCUUCUUCUUCUUCACUAUCAUCUCCUAUUAUAAAACUAUAAUAAUAAUAAACCACUCUCCCCUCCUUCUGCCCCCUUUUUUUUAUUUUUUUAAUUCUUGUAUAUGUCUAUCUUUUAUUAUUAUUGUUAUGGUUACAAAAUAUAUAAUAUGUAUAUAAAUAAUUAAAUAUCUACAGAAGGGUAAACAAUUAUAUAUAUGUGUAUAUAUAUAUAAUUAACAAAAAUUGUUAUAUAAAAAAAA